ACUGCACUGUAAUUUAUUAUUCAUGCUUUAGCUGUCUUAUUCUACAGGAACUUAUUUUUAUCGUCUAUUUUAAUCCUUAACGUGAUCGUUGUCGCGGCUGGGUCAUUACAGGACUAAUGUAUUUGGAUGGCCAAAAGGUCAGUACAUUUUCAAGUUUGCCUUAAUUGUGAGCUUUUAUUUUGACAGUCCCGACGGGAAACACGUGUUGUCUUGCGUGUGUCUUGACGUCACAUGGUGUUAAAGCUCUCACAGUCUGUUUAUGUAACUGUAACGAUAUAAAAGACGCAGCUCCGCCAAACUAAACCACGUUAACUCGCUGGUGAACUGACAACAGGCGGUUUGUUGUCGGUAUCAGGGGCAUUAUCUAUUAUUAUCACCCGUUGACAAUAUAAAUAUGCGGUGUUGACAGUGUCAUGGUGGAGGAGAGACACACUCGGGACAUUUAGUUCCUUCAACACAUUCCUCAACUUUACACUGAGAGACAAACUAUACAUUUCUUUAUAUUUCAUUGUUUCAAACCAAACAUGGCGGCUGCUUUCUUCAGGGGAAGGUCGUGUUUAAAUUUGUGUAGAGUCGUGUGGAGGCCGCAGGCUGCUGCUCUGUUCAGCUCCAAACCAUCAGACAGAAACCUGCCACGACGGACACACAUCAAAAAAGCCAAGCCCCAGCCUGCAGUAGAUGUCGCUAAACUCCUGGAGCAACUCUUCUCGCAAAGGAGGCCGGGCACAGCGCCCCCUGCUGCCGCUCAACCUGUCAAAGCCUCUACCGUCUCCUCCCCGUCAGAUAUUCCCCAUUUGUCAAAAACAAAUCCAUCAGUUUCUUCAGUCUUUCCCGCCGCAUCUAUUGUUUUCAAGGAAACUACAUCUACUGUGAACACUGCACUGCUUUCCCCUCAAUCAGCAUCUUCCGCAGAGCCAAAGACACCUCAGCAGCCGCCUCUUGGUGUUAAUCAGGACUUUUAUACAGCUUCAGCUUCAUCCCCAACCAGCGCAACAAUAGAAACCAAAGUAGAAAGUGCCACGGAGGCAGAUGAACUCACAGCUUCUUCUGUGACGCCCUUAUCAGCCCUCAUCAUAGAGGAGACUGUAGAGAAAUCAACUCGUCCAGUUGCUACAGUAGAACCCUUGAUAGAAACUGCAACAGAAACAUCAGUAGAGACCAACCUUCCUACCGUAGAAGAACUAGAAACUCAAGCUUCUGUUGUUGAAGGUCCAGUAGAGCCUACGAUAGACGUCACACUAAAUGCAGCAGCGUCAAAAGUGCAAACCAAAAACACAGAUUUAGAGGAGGUGGGCACCUUGUACGCUUCCACCGUAGAAUCCUCAGUAGAAGCUACAAUAGAAUCAUCGGCAGACACUCCUCUGGAAACAUCAGAGAGUGCAGCCGCUGUUGAUGAAGGUCAAGUAGAGCCUAUAGCAGAAGCUGAAGCCGAUAAAGACGGUGUAGUUAACAUCUUGUGCAAUGCCAAAGAUGCACCUUUAAUAGAAUCACCAGUAGAAGCCGGUCUACCAACUGUGGACGCAGUCGAAACUAGACCUUCUGCUGUUGAAGGACCAGUAGAGCCAACAGUUCAUUUAACAGUAGAUUAUCCAACUCAAGUACGAGCCAAGAGCGUUGAGUUGGGAGUGGAUACCAUCUCUAACACUACGACAGUAGAACCUUUAUUAGAAACUACAAUAGACCCAUCGGUAGAGGCCAGCCGUCCUUUAGUGGUAACACCUGAACCUGGAGCUUCUGUUGCUGAAGGUGCAGUAGAAACUACGAUAGACCCUUCGGUAGAGGCCAGCCCUCCUCCUGUGGUAACACCUGAACCUAGAGCUUCUGUUGCCGAAGGUGCAGUAGAAACUAUGAUAGACCCUUCGGUAGAAGCCAGCACACCUCCUGUGGUAACACCUGAAGCUAGAGCUUCUGUUGCCGAAGGUGCAGUAGAAACUACAAUUGAAGCUCAAGCAGUACAAACCAACAGCACUGACUCAUGGUUCAAAGUCCCACUUGUUGCAACGGUAGAACCCUUAUUGGAAACGACAGUAGAACCACCAGUAGAGGCUGUCGCCUCUCCACUAGAGAGUGAAGCUGCUGUUGUUGAAGCUACAGUAGAGCCUACAGUAGAAACUGAACACACUGCCUUCGUCCAAAAUGAACAAGAAUCUGCGGUCUUACCUUUGAAAACCAAAGAAGAAUCUACAAUAGAAUCUAUAGUAGAAUCAUCCUCCGGGAAUGUCGCUGUUGAAGAGGGCGUGAACGAAUCUGAACACAUGACUUUAGAGUCUGUGACACUGCAUUCAGUUCAGGCUUCGGUGGAGUCUUUGGAAACCGACGAGCUCCUCCAGACAACAUUAAGUCUUGAUGAAAGAGCAGAGAUACGACUCCGGGAGUUGUUGUCGGUCCAGACGGAGAUCGGCGGCGAGCACAAAGCUGAGAACUCGGGUGGAGAUGGGGGCGAACAUUUGAAAGUUCUUUCACGGUGGGAUUCUCUGUCUGACGACCUUCACGAGUUAGAAGGAGAAACCGCCACAAUGGUGAGUGAGCUCCUCUGUCGAGUUCCCGCAGAGCUGUCCAAAACUGACGCCGCGGUAAAAAAGAGUUUUGCCUUCCAUCAAACUGUGGGAACUAACGGAGAGCGUUCGCAGAUGGAGGAGAAGGCGACUGAGGAAGAAGAUAUGGCGCUGGUAUCGGUUACUUCAGCCGAGGUGGAAACCGAAGUUCUGCAAGAAGCAAGUGAUGCACUUGAGGAAGAAGCGGACGUACCAGCAAAAGACGAGAAGAUGGAAGUUGAGAUGGCAAUAGAGGAUGUUGUUUUUAAGGACACGGCAGAGGCUGAAAUUUUAACUCUGGGUUCUUUCUCUGAAGCAACCGAAGUGAUAGCUGAGGUACCCGUUAUAACGGAGGCCGUGUUCGGCUCUGAGCAACAGCCACCUGACCCUCUGCUUCUGGAGCUGGUACCGCAGAUUGAUCAGGAAGCUGAGAAACGGUCCGGAGAGCAGGAAGGAAGUGUCUCGGAGGGCACGCCUCUUGACUCUGUGACGAUGGCUGAAGUUGAGGCCUCUCUGGGAACUCUGGAGAACGAGUCCCUGGGCGAAAGCUCAGCUCUCCUGGAGAAGGACGCUCAAGUUCUCGCCGGAGAGACGAGGGUGGAGGUAGAGGAAGGAACGGCGUGCGAGGAGAGGACUGAUGCUCUGAAUGUCGAGUCUCUCGAAGCUGACGAGCUAUCUGCAGAUCUGACUGACGCACUGGAGGAGGAGCUGCUCUUUGUUCCCGGGCAUGUGGCAGGCGAAACAGAAACUCAGACCGGUCAGGAGGUCGUAACAGCAAAUAUUUUAGAUGAUUUGGAUCCAGUCCAGAGACUCUUCCUGGAGAAGAUCAGAGAAUACAACAACCUGCGCAGUGGUGAACCGGUGGAGGCGGAGCCAGAUUACGAGAGACGCCUGUCAGAGGAGACAGCCAAGCUCCAGAGACUUUAUGGAGGAGGAGACCUGAGCAGCUUCCCUCAGUUCACCUUCACCGAGCCCAAAAUGGAGCCGGACUCCUAAAGAUCUUCAGUCAGCCUCUUCUCCUCGGCCCUCUCACCUUUUGACCUAAUUGAGAGAAUGGGUUAAAAAUAAUUAUUUAAGGAAAAGUAUUUUUCGAAAGCUGUUUUUCUGUACUGUGCAAUAAUGAUAGAAAGAAUUGUAUUUUAUUAAAGCAACUUAAAAGACAAAGUCUGUUGUUUUCCAGAGGUUGAAGACUCGGGUCACAUGACUCGACUCGAAUCAGACAAAUUUAAGGACUAUAGAGACUUGCUCUAUAUACAGUCUAUGGAUUUGGUUAACUUAAAAAAUUAUAUGAAUUAGACUUCAUGACUUGAGACUUUUUGAAAAGAUUAAGAAUUCAUAUUUUUGAAAAAAUGAGAUUUCAGGUGCAGUGCAUGCUAAUAUUAUAAAGUUUGAAAUAAAAUGAUGUUGUUGUUAUUGACGAUAGUAAGAGGAGAACAGCAGUCUGGGUGGGCGUCCGUCAGCCUCGGCAAUAAUAAUAAUUGCAGCAGUGGGUGUCUGGGGGACCUCAUAAUGUCAAAUUUUAGUAAGAUUUAUAAAGUGUAAGCAGGCUGUUAAGUAAAACUCAACUUUUCAUGUCUUUGAGUGGAAUGUGGUCAUCAGAAUUUCAUAAAUGACUUUAACUUCCACGACCUGA